GUUUUGAAGGAUUCGAAGGGAUGCAUAUAAGCUGGAAGUACAUCCAGGUGGGGCGAUCCCCGGGAACUGCACGGCCCGGUGGCAACUUGGUCCUGCAAACCACCAGCUCCAGCUCUAGCUCGGGAUUCACAGUCCAGGCGCGGGGACUGCCGGGGCAGCGCGAUCCUGGCCGGCUUCCGUUUCCGGCCCUCCGGGCGGCCUCGGCGCGAGCGGCUCUGAGCGGAGAGAGGGGGCGGGCCCGCGCGGCCGCGCAGGCGCACAGAGAGCAGCUGCAAUGGCGCUGUCCUGCAACCUGAACAGGUACCUGCUGCUCAUGGCACAGGAGCAUCUGGAAUUCCGUCUGCCGGAGAUAAAGUCUUUGCUCUCACUUUUUGGAGGUCAGUUCACUAGCAAUCAGGAAAGUUAUGGAAAGUCUCCAUUUUGGAUUCUCAGCCUUCCCUCUGAAGAUAUUGCAAGAAACUUAAUGAAACGGACAGUGUGUGCCAAGUCCAUAUUUGAGCUGUGGGGUCACGGAAAGUCGGCUGAGGAGCUGCACAGCUCUCUGCAAGGUUACCCGGUGGAGAGGAUGGUUCCAUUUCUGCACCCAGAGUCUACGUAUAAAAUAAAAAUCCACACAUUUAACAAAACAUUGACACAGGAAGAAAAAGUCAAACGCAUAGAUGCGCUUGAAUUUCUGCCAUUUGAAGGAAAAGUGAACCUGAAGAAGCCGCAACAUAUAUUCUCGAUUUUGGAGGACUAUGGUUUGGACCCGAAUUGCAUCCCAGAGAAGCCACAUAACAUUUAUUUUGGGAGAUGGAUCGCUGAUGGACAGAGAGAGCUAAUUCAGUCCUACAGUGUCAAGAAGAGACACUUCAUUGGGAACACGAGCAUGGAUGCUGGCUUGUCGUUCAUCAUGGCCAACCACGGGCAAGUGAAGGAGAAUGACGUUGUCUUCGACCCAUUUGUGGGAACAGGUGGCCUCCUGAUAGCAUCGGCACACUUUGGCGCAUAUGUGUGUGGGACAGACAUCGACUACAACACAGUUCACGGCCUGGGAAAGGCUACGAGGAAGAACCAGAAGUGGAGAGGACCAGAUGAAAAUAUCAGGGCAAACCUUCGUCAGUACGGCUUAGAAAAGUAUUACCUCGAUAUCCUGGUUUCGGACGCCUCCAGACCUUCCUGGAGGAAGGGCAUGUAUUUUGAUGUCAUCAUCACUGAUCCUCCGUACGGUAUCAGAGAAUCUACGAGGAGAACCGGUUCACAGAAGGAAAUUCCAAAGGGGAUGGAGAAAUGCCCAGAAAGCCACGUGCCAGUCUCCUUGAGUUAUCACCUGAGCGACAUGUUUUUCGACCUGUUAAACUUUGCAGCGGAGACCCUCGUAUUAGGCGGAAGACUCGUGUACUGGUUACCCGUGUAUACACCAGAGUACAGCGAGGAGGUGGUGCCCUGGCACCCUUGCCUGAGGCUCAUUAGCAACUGCGAGCAGAAGCUUUCUAGUCACACCUCGAGGCGGCUGAUCACGAUGGAAAAGGUGAAGAUGUUUGAGGGCUGCUUCAGAUUCCUCCCUGGACAGAAGAGGCAGGGGGCAGAGCAAGGGCCUAUGAGGAGCGUGGCUGUGUGGGAGGGACCUGCAUCCAGCUCUGUGACCUGUGAGCUGAUGUCAGUAAGAGCUGAUGGUGUAGACCUGUGAAACAGCAAGCUGAUGAAAAUGAAGAUGGUGAGUUGCCAGCUUGUGUCUGUCCUUAUCUCCAAGGAAAAACAAACACUGUCUCAGGGAGCUGCUUCUCCACGCCAAGACAAAUGAGCUGCUGAAGUGUCAUGAUUCUGAAAUGGGAGCCAGAUACAUCAAGGAUCAUUUGCUGGUCAACCUCAGGGUAUCUGUCAUAAAUAAAAAAUGACUUGUGCUGUCUGUUUCAGGACUUUGUCUUGGGACUGCUACGAUGUCUUCUGAGACAUGAAGUCUUCCCUGCAAGACACAGCUUGGUGCUUUCCUAUCCCCUCUCUUCUGAGGUGCCUAUCAGGAGCAAUCAGUUUUUUAUCAACUGCCAUGUUGGACAGCUUUUCACCUGUCGUCUCAGCGACACAUUUUAUGAUGAGGAUAAGGAGGAGGGCAGGGUGGAGUCCUCUAGCCCUUGCUUAUCAUCUUUCCUCCUGGGCUAUCUCCCUCCAUUACCCCUUGUCUGCUUCUCCUUCCAUGUUUGCCUACUCUGCCCCAACUACUGGGGAUUGUGGACACAAAGGUGAAUAAGUAGUGUGUCUCUUAGGCUAAAAAGCUGUAAAAUCUUGGACUAAACUGAUUUUUGUUCAAUUGUUAAACAAAUUAUGCUCAGCAUCCCAAACUGGCACUUAAAAAAAUAAAACAAGU